GAUAACGAGGUUCGGAUUUCCCUUGGAAAGAAAAGUAUGGCCCAAGACUCGAAAGAGACAUUGAAAAUUCUUUGUAUACAUGGAUAUCGUCAGAAUGGUCAGGCCUUUAGGGAAAGGACUGGGGCCUUUAGGAAAAUAACUAAAAAGUAUGCUGAGUUAGUAUUUAUUGAUGCUCCAAACUCAGUUCCUCCCUUAGAGGAUGCAGCAGAUGGAGAUACAGUGGACCAGAGGGGUUGGUGGUUCUCCAGAGAGGAUGACUACUUCAGAGCCCAGGAUGACACUGACUGUUGUAAAGGAUUUGACCAGUCACUACAGACAAUACAGCAGGCUUUCCAGGAGCAGGGUCCAUUUGAUGGUGUUCUGGGGUUCAGCCAGGGGGCAGCACUGGUGGCCUUGAUGUGUGGACUGAGAGAAAAAGAUGAAGAAGCUUGUCCAUUCAAGUUUGACUUUGUGAUGUUGGUGGCAGGAUUUAAAAGUCAUUCAAAACCACACGAGGAAAUCUACAAGAUCCCAAUAACCUGUCCCUCCCUUCACGUGUUUGGGGAUACUGACAAGGUCAUUCCUAAAGAUAUGAGUGAAGAUUUGCUGCAGUAUUUUGUGGAGCCCAGGACUCUGGAACAUCCUGGUGGUCACUUCAUACCAGCCUCAGGACCACACAAAAAAGUCUACACAGAAUUUCUAGAGAAUAUGUUGCUAAGGAAGAAACAAAGAAGUGCCAAGUCCUGAUAGCUGCUGUUGAUUAUCAAAUUUUAAAUAAUUACUUUUUUAAAUAUUACAAUUGGAGUAAGGCCAGGCCUAAGGUUAAUAGUUUAGAACCAUAAGAAGAUAAGUUGUUAUGGAUGAAAUUAAUUUAAACAACAAUGUUUGUUAUGAACAACUAUAUUCACAUGAAGGAGCUUACUAGUAUGUUAUGACGACCAAAUGUGGAAAAAUGAAAAGAAAUAAUUCUGGAAAGUGUAGCUUUAAAAAAAUAACUUGCAGACGAAAUAUUCAGCUACUUGAAUUGUAAAUUCAAAACUUCAAAACUACUACAAUUAAACUGAGCUCGUUAUAUGCACUGUUUAAAUGCUGAUUCGUGUCUGAACACUUGUCAGCUUCAGCUGCCUUGCUUUGAAAUCGGGGGAAAACGGAAUAGAGCAGCUUUGACUAUUGAUGUAGUAUGUACUUGC